UUAUGUCAAUGUCUCAAAGCUACAUUAUGAAAACAUGAUUUGCUGAGAUGAACUUGUCUUGGAACUUGCAGGUAGAACCUCAGAAGUAUAGCAUCUAUAGAGAGGAGGCUGUUGAUGCCAUUACAGAGGCUAUGGAAAGCAGCUUGUCUGAUGAGAAAGUUCGAGGAAAGUGUUGCAGAGCACUCCUUAUCCUAGGAGGUCGUUUCUCGUUCGCUGGAAAACUAAUGACAGAGGAUUGGAUCCUAAAGCAAGCUGGAUUUCUUGAUGGUCCUGAAUCAGAUGCUCUUGAUAAGGAAACUGACAAUGUACAAGCUGAUGACAAUAUUCCAUCAGAUGGCGAUGAAGUAGAGGCUAGGGAAGAGUGGUUGACAAACUUGUCAGCAUCACUUCUUGGUGAUGGCAAGAAAUCAUUUUUGGAGAUGCUUUCAAGGUGUUUAGGUUCUGGCAAAGUUGAUGUGGUGAGGGUGUGUCUUACCACAGUGGCAUGGUUGAGUUCUACACUUCCGUCAUUUCCUGAUGCGGAGUUCCAGCUAUCUGCCUUCUCAGCUCUCAUCUCUCGGUUGAAGCAAAUUCUGGAAAAUGGUGAGCGGAUUGAGCACAAGAUUCUUGCUUCUAUGUCUCUACUAAAUUUCAGCAAAAUUCCAGGGUCUUGUUGAUGACAAUUGCAGAGGACAUCGCUGUUCCUUUACGAAGCCUCGCAGAAGUUACAUGGACAGCAAAAGAGCUUCAUGCCACUAUUUCUGGGGAAGAUCUAACCUAAUAUGGAAAAAAAAAUGCUAUCUUGUACAUGGUUGCAGUUUUGCUGCCAUUAACAUGUUAUUUGGGGUAAAUAGCAGAACCUCAACUAUAUGAUAGCUGCAACCUUUUAGGAAGUUAUAUUGGUCUUCAUCUUAUUUAAUCUGAUUUAGGUUGUUGAGAGUAGAUUGAACACUCGACUUGUAAGUUAUUUUUUUUUUUUUGGCUCUUAUUGUUAUUUUCAUUGGGCUUGUGUUAAUAAACAUUUAUACAUCAGCGUAUGUGUUCAUCUAUAGUAAAUUUUGAG